AGCCGCGUCUCCGGCGCGCAAAGGUGCGCUUCUCUCUCUCCGCGAUCAUGGGCUCCGCGCAGCUCCGCUUCCAGGCCUUCCUGCACCGGCCGGGCUUCGUGGGCGACCUGCUGGGCCGCCUGGAGGCGCAGACGGGCGUCAAGAGGGACUACCUGGCCGCAGGUGCAAUUGCGCUUCUGGGACUCUACCUGAUGUUUGGCUAUGGCGCCUCGUUGCUUUGCAAUCUCAUUGGCUUUGUCUAUCCUGCUUAUGUCUCCAUCAAAGCCAUUGAGAGCUCCACAAAGGAGGACGACACGACAUGGCUGACUUACUGGGUCGUCUACGGACUCUUCAGCGUGGCAGAGUUUUUCUCGGACUCCUUCCUUUACUGGUUUCCCUUUUAUUAUGCCGGCAAGUGUCUCUUCCUGCUGUGGUGCAUGGCUCCCGUCUCGUGGAAUGGCUCCCAGGUCCUCUACCACAACGCCAUCCGCCCCUGGUUCCUGAAGCACCAGCAGACCGUCGACAGCGUCCUCAGCGACCUCGGCGGCCGAGCCGCUCACGCCGCGUCCGCCGUCUCCAGGGAAGCCUCCAAAGAAGCCAUGAGAAAAGCCCUACGGACAGAGGACUGAGCAACUGACAUUUUAAACUUCCAAGCAAAAGAAAAGAUGCCCACAUUCUGGAAUACUCCUGGAAGCUUUGGGAAGACUUUGUUUUAUUUUUCUGCGCACCUACAAUAAGAUAAUUCCUUUGGCUCCCCUCCCUCCUCGCCACCGCCAAAUUCUGGAAAUGUGUGGCAAUGCCACCAAUGUGAUUUGAUUGCAUGUUCACUGAGCACCCCAAGAUAUCCUUGUCUCCUUUCUGAACUCCAGCAGAGGGUGCUGUGACUUCAGAGGAGGCCUGGAUUAAUCCCCAUCUGAGACUCCAACCACGUUCUUAUUUCUUUGGUCCCACAACGUGUGAUCAGUUCCAGAGCAGAGAGAUUCUUCCAUCCCUGAAUAUUCUCCCUGGCAAUUGCAGUUCACGGCCUCGGGCCAAAUAACUGGGUUCUUUGAACAAGUACCAGCUAAGUAUAUCUGGAGCACUUUAUAGGGGUAAAGCUAAUAUAUGGGGCUUCUCUCGCUGCCCCCAUCCUAGGGUCAUAUUUUAGCAGUAGCCGACUUGCUCAUCUUUCCAAGGAGAGAGUGUUUCUCAACUGUCUCCUUGGUGGUUCUGGAGAGACAGAAUAUUUGGACAUUCUUUUGAACCCACCUUACUCUUUGCAAACCAUCAUGAAGUUUUCUUUUUUUAGAAAAAGGAGAAGUGGGAGGGUAGCAGAUGAAACAGGGUCUGCUUGCAAAGUCUGAAUACUUUCUCCAUAUUUUAAACUCUCCUUUUCUUUGCUAGAGUGAGUCUUCUUGAAUGUUCUCUCCUUUUGAUGGAUUAGAGGAAGAAGGAAACCUGAAUGGUUGUGGAACCGUGAGCAUUAACCCACGAAUCUCCUCUCUCCAAAAUCGAGAAGUUUGCAGGGAAUAAAAAUGCUAGUUUGUUGAGCCCAAUCUUGACGUGCAGGGGUUUCUGGGCUCUGUCCUGGCAUUGUGAUCAGCGGUCGGGGCAACCUCUGCAGGUCACCAGGUGGGGGCACUGCAAUUCCCCUCCGCAUGGCCAGUGGCAAAGGAUGAUGGGUGUUGUAGUACAUGGCGCCUGGCGCAACACAAGGUUGGCUAUUCCUGGGGUGGUGAGAGACCAGAGGAGGGUGCCCCCUCACCCCGGUUGGAUCUCAGGCUGUGCAAAAAAACGGUUUUAGAGGUUGCUGCUUCUGAGCUUUGGGAGAGCAGGUGCCAGGAACCAGCUGGUUAAUAGCUUCCCUACUUCCGAAUACGGCCUGAAAACCUGUAACCACAAAAGGUGGGCUCUUUCAUUCUGGAGCUUUGGGGUCUUGGCCUUCUUGUUUGGGUCUACGUGGGGAAGAAGCACCUAGCAAUCAGGAUUUGAUCCCCCCCACACCACUAUACUGUAUCAUCCUAAAUGCUCCACUUGUUUCUCUACAUUGGUGUCCUGAGCUCACAUCUUGCAAUGCAUUAAAAAAAGCAGUGCAAGGCCUGGUGUCCUCUCCAUCCUCUUAAUAUACAGCUUGGGAAAAUGCCAAGACUUGCAAAUAAAAGCCAAUGUUUGACCUCCAGUAUUGAUGCUGAGCUUAAUGGGUUCUCCAGACCAUCCUAAGCAGCUACUUCCUUAAUGUGUUGUAGGUGGGAUGAGGGGGGGGGGCAGUGAUGGCAAACACUCCCUGACAAAUCCCAGAAACAUUCAAGUUGGUACGACUCCUUUCUUGGUCUGAACUUCAGUCCCAGCCCCCAAUCUGCCAAGAAAACACAUCACCCUGAAAUAACCGCACAACACUCCUGGCGAUUUUCUACGUGGUGAACUUGAGAGAUUGCGAACUUUGUACUUUAUGCUGAUAAAAUUUGAGUUAUCGAGUGUCCACCCCCC